AUGUUUACUUAUCUGCCGGUGGGACAUACCAUUAACAAAACCUGUCGAAAUUUAAUAUUUAGUUCUAGUAAUCCCCUGAAUUCUCAUUUGAUUCUUGGCUUUUCUUUUUCUUCCACUGAUUCUCGAUAUCUUCAUGGUAACCCUGAGGUCAUCGCUUAUUUAACUGAGACAAAUCCGAAACGUUCUCAGCUUUCUCACGGUCAACUGGAUGCGGAGCUCGGUCUAUUCAUAUAUCUAUCUAUCUAUCUAUCUAUCUAUCUAUCUAUCUAUCUAUCUAUCUCGGUCUGUUCAUAUCUAUCUAUCUAUCUCAGUUCGUUCAUAUCUAUGUAUCUCAGUCUGUUCAUUAUCUAUCUAUCUAUCUAUCUAUCUAUCUAUCUAUCUGGUGUGUUCAUAUCUAUCUAUCUAUCUAUCUAUCUAUCUAUCUAUCUAUCUAUCUGGUGUGUUCAUAUCUAUCUAUCUAUCUAUCUAUCUAUCUCAGUCUGUUCAUAUCUAUGUAUCUCAGUCUGUUCAUUAUCUAUCUAUAUAUGUAUGUAUGUAUCUAUCUAUCUAUCUAUCUAUCUAUCUAUCUAUCUAUCUAUCUAUCUAUCUAUCUGGUGUGUUCAUAUCUAUCUAUCUAUCUAUCUAUCUGGUGUGUUCAUAUCUAUCUAUCUAUCUAUCUCAGUCUGUUCAUAUCUCUCUAUCUAUCUCAGUUCGUUCAUAUCUAUGUAUGUCAGUCUGUUCAUUAUCUAUCUAUAUAUGUAUGUAUAUAUGUAUGUAUCUAUCUAUCUAUCUAGCUAUCUAUCUGGUGUGUUCAUAUCUAUCUAUCUAUCUAUCUAUCUAUCUAUCUAUCUAUCUAUCUAUCUAUCUAUCUCAGUCUAUUCAUAUCUAUCUCAUAUCUAUCUCAGUUUGUCCAUAUGUAUCUAUCCCAUGAAAAGGUAUGAUUCCGUUUCGCCAAAUUCCCCAAGGCUAACGGAUUGUAGCGACCUGCAGCGAUUGGCUUCCCUCCAAAGAAUUCCAACCACGGGUUCUUUUGUACCUUUCUCACGCACCUGGCAAAAUGUGCCGCUUUCACUGUAG